AUGCUGAGUACAUCAUAAACUAGAAGUACCACUGAAACAAUUAGUAGAGUUGUUGUUGAUUAAAAAUAUGUGAUAGUGAAGAAUAUUUAUAAAGGAUAACAGUAUAACCUUUUUUUAGGUAAUAAAUGAUAAAGUUAAAAGAUAGUUAGCGAUUAAACAAGAAUAGUCUAAUGAUAUCAAUUAAUUUAACCACUAGGAGAAAUAUUAUCUGAUUAAAAUGAAGAAGUAUAUUUUACUGUAAUACUCUAGAUAAACUUAAUAAAAUGAGGCUAUUCCAGAACUUUAGUUUCUAAUUAGAUUAAAAGACUGUAACGAAAUCAUUUCCUAAUAUAGUCAAUUGUGUUCCCUUUCUUAUCAAAUAUGGAGAGUAAGUGAUUAAAGGAUCGAAAUAUCAUUACUAAAUUAUGGAAAGACAUGGUCCUUCUAUUAAACUUAUAUACAAUUAUUUAUCUAGAAAUAUACCAUUAUCAAUUUUAUGUUUGAUUGCUAUUUAAGCAGUAUCAUAACAAUAUUUUAUUCUUAGCUUACUUGUUUAGAAGUUAUUCAUAAAUAUCAAAUUGUUCAUCGUAAUAUAAGACCAAAAAAAUUAUUACUUUCAACAACUGGCAAUGAAAUUUUAUUAAGUGAUUUUAAAUAUGCUUGUAAAUUUAAAAAAUAACAUGGAUCAUUAAUGGUUAAUGAAAAUUACAAAUUAAAUUCAAACAAAUAUUUUCUCAAUAAAUACUCAAGUGUAAAUCAACAUCUUAAUUAAAGUAACUCAUAAUUCAUUAUUUAGUUCCUACACCAAAAGAUGAUCUAGAAUCUUUAGCAUACAUUUUACUUAUUUAUGCUUCUAACUCUAACGUUUUUUAAAUUGAAGCUGAAAAUAAAGGACUUAAACUUAAAAAGUUAGAGAGUGUUAAAAUAUCAAUUAUUCCUGAAAUUGCUUUUAAAUUUGCUCCAUUUGAAUUUAUUCAUUUUUUACAUCUUGUAAAGACUAGUAAUGCUAACGAUUAUCCAUAAGAUUAUGAAAAAUUUAAGCAAUUAUUUAGAAAAAUUAUUCAGACUAAUGGAUAUACAGAAAAAGAACUUUCAUAUCCUUUGUUCCAUAUGAAUUUACAAGAAAAAACUUAAUAAUCACUCUUUCAGAGUUAGACAAGCAAAUUUAAAAAAAUGUAACAUCAAAAAAUGAGUUCAGAAUCAAUCAAAGAAGAAGACCAAGAUGAUGAAAUAUCACUCUAUUAAACAGAGAAAGUUGGUGAAGAUAGAACUAUUGAACCAUUAAUUAAAGGAUUAGCAAAAAAGUCAUUUAAACAUAUUUCUUUUUUAAAUUAACAUUAAGUUGAAUAAUAAAUUGUAAAACUCAAAUUUACUAAAAAAUGA